UUUGUUUUGUUUUCCCAAGAAAAACAAAUUUUUUCACAAUCUUCUUUGUCUUCUCUUUAAACUUCUUCUUAAAGUCGACAAGAUUUUGUGGUUUCCCCCAUUUACCUCUUUUUCUUGUUUCUUUUUGAGAUUAUAUUUUUUGUUUUUCUUCACUCAGUCACUUUGCUAAAUUUUUCCCGCGGGAAUUUUCUUGCUCGAGAAAGUUUGAGAAUUUUUUCUUUCUUCAAUGGCGUCAAGAGAAGUAUCAACGAUGAUCAAACAAGGGUUUAUCGCUGACCCUUCUCUCUCGUUUUCUCCGUCAAGAAUCACAUCUCCCGUUAAAUUCUCCACCGCCUCCCCUCCUCCUCCUCCGCCGCCUCCUCCGCCUAACGAAUCGACCCACUCCAACCCGACUCUUUUUGAUAUGAUGUCCGAUGAGCACAACCGCGAGCCGCCACCACGGAGGAAAUCUCACGCGCGCGUGGCUCAAAUCUUGACCGAGUUCAAGAACGGCGUCGUUUACGGCCACAGCCUCGGGCCAAGCGACGUUAAGCUGACUGUGGUGGGAAAAGACGGUUACAGAGUCACCAUGGAUGUUCAUCGGAAGGUUUUGUCGGAGAAGAGCAGGUUUUUCAUGGAGAAGAUGAAUUCUAGAAGAGAGAAAGGGGUUUCUCACAUGGUGGAGAUAAGCGAGUGUGAUGAGUUGGAGAUUUAUGUUGAGACUGUGGUUUUGAUGUAUAGUGAUGAUCUCAAGAAGAAGUUGAUCGGUGAAAAUGUCAUCAAAAUCUUGGCUUUACUUAAGGUUUCUGCAGCUAUAAUGUUUGAUGAAGGAGUAGAGUCUUGUUUGCAGCAUUUGGAAGCUGCUCCUUGGUCAGAAGAUGAAGAAGAGAUUGUUGUGUCUUGCCUUGAAGAGCUUCAUCUUCCUGCUGAUUCGGUCACUUUGAUUCUUCAGAGAGUUUCAUCUGAACCUUCGACUUCCUCGACGAGAACGAGAACCGAUGAUAUCUUCUUGAAGCUUCUCACUGGUGUUCUACAAGCCAAAGAUGAUAAAGCUCGGCGAGAGAUGAAAGUUUUGAUCUUUAAGUUGAUUAGGGAAGAAGCUGAUUAUGAUGUCUCUAAAGACACACUCUACGGUUUGUGCCAUAGAUGUCUCACAUCUCUUGUGCUUUGCUUAUCUGAAGUGACUACACAAAUGAAUGAUCCGGGGAAAGACCGUGGUGCUUUGAUGGGAGAAAUCGCCAGAGAAGCCGAGAACAUGCUAUGGAUGGUAGAUAUCUUGAUUGAGAAGAAAAUGUGUGAUGAGUUUGUGAAACUAUGGGCGGAUCAAAAGGAGCUUGCGAAUCUUCAUUCCAAGAUCCCAACAAUGUACAGACACGAAAUAAGCAAGAUCACCGCGCAGAUAUGUGUUGGUAUAGGUAAAGGAAGGAUCUUGGUGAACAGGGAGACUAGGUUUGCGGUUUUGAAUACCUGGUUAGAGGCUUUGUAUGAUGAUUUUGGGUGGAUGAGACGGUUAUCUUCGAGAUCUCUGGAUAGGAAACUUGUGGAAGAUGGACUCAGCCAGACCAUAUUGACCUUGUCGCUGAGACAACAACAGGUGAUUCUAAUGAAAUGGUUUGAUCGGUUUCUGAGCAAAGGCGAUGACUGUCCAAAUGUUCAACGUGCGUUUGAGGUGUGGUGGAGAAGAGCUUUCAUAAGACAGGUCUUGACAGAGCCAGAUGGAUCGCAGCUGCAGAUUACACUCUAUGACUAAGCCAAAAUAGCAUAUUUUUUUUUUUGUUCUUCUUUUGUAAACUGUUACUAUUUGUGACUUUCACUGAGAUAUAAAGAUUCAAACGAAAGUGGCUCAGGGAUAUUUUGUCAAUAACAGUCAGGGCACCCAACCA